AUGCAAGAGAAACCAAACAUGCCUCACUUCAAGCUUCUCAACACAGCGACAGGCGAUGUGAUUUCUUCCCCCAGCUGGGAUGAACUCUUGAGCCAUGCUCAGGCUAUUGAUAUGCUUUCAGCGGCGCAAGAUAUCCAAAGAGUUGACGGUCCAAGUCCUGGCCUGGCUCCUCCUCUAUGGUGGCUAGAUGUCCGCGAUGCUAAGAAGAUGGAUGUAGCCAGCGUCGCCCAGACACUUUCCAUCCAUCCCCUCACAGCAGAGGAUGUUGUCGUGCAAGAGCCUCGCGAGAAGGUCGAGGUUUUCCGGAACUACUACCUGAUAAGCCUCCAAACUCUUCUCGACUUCAACGCCGAAGCCAUCGUCCCCUCUUCCGCUCCGUUCUUCAUCCUCGUCUUCCAAAACAGCGUCGUGACCUUCUCCGCUAGUCCCUGUCCCCAUGUCGACGCGGUGCAUCGCCGUAUCCACAAGAUGCACAAUCCAAGCAUCCUUUCCAGCGACUGGAUUGGCUAUGCCCUCAUCGACAACAUAAUCGACAGUUUCGAGCCGUCCUCCCGCGCUGCAGAGCACGAAUCGGACGCAAUAGAAGACCAAGUCUUCAUCAGCCGUUUCGACGACUUGCAUGCCCUCCUUCCGCGCAUCGAAGCUCUCCGUCGGAAAAUCACCCACAUCGCCCGCUGCCUCCUAGGCAAAGUCGACGUGCUCAGCGCCCUCGUCAAGCGCUGCGAGUCCCCGCACGGCGGCCCCAUCUUCCCCGGCGGCGAGUAUCUGCUCUAUCUGGGUGACGUGCAGGACCAUCUGGAGACAGGGCUGUCGAAUCUGGAGCAUCUGGAUGAGAUCGUUGCGCGGUCGCAGGCGAAUUGCCUAGCGCAGCUGAGCGCGAACAAUUUGCGGAUUAGUUUGACGAUCAAUAGGGCGAUUGGGAAAAUUACGCUUUUUGCGUCUAUUCUGGGGCCAUGCCAUCUACUGGCGAGUCUGUUUGGGAUGAAUGUACAGGUCCCGGGGGAGGAGGCCGGGGGGUUGGGGUGGUUCUUUGGGAUUAUGGGGAUUAUGCUGGUUUUUACGGUUGUGGUUGUGACUGUUGCGAAGAGGAUGAGGCUGUGGUAG